UGUAUUUUAACUUGAUCUAAGUAAGGAAAAGAGUGAUGGUCAAGUUUCCCUUGCGCGGCAAAAAAGACAAUUCCGCACGCGCUAAGGACCACGGAGGCGGCGGCGUAUACUCAGGCGAGAUGUCGUCGGCGGACGAGAUCGAGAUCCUCACGGACGAAGAACAGGCGCCCACUACACUCAGCAGCGAUGAGAACGAGGCCGAGUGGGAUCCGAACGCUUCAGUAGACGUCGAAGACGGCGAAGAGGAGAGCGACGGCAUCGAAAGUGAAGACUUCGAAGAAGCGGAGGGCGACGAGGAAGCCCAAGCCGGAUCUAUUAGCGCUUUCUUCCAGCCUCGCAGAUCUACGCGUCAAGGUACAUCCAAUGGUAAGAAAAAAGCGACAGGUAAGAAGCGCAAAGCUCAGCCGUCGGAGCGCUCGGAGCGCUCGGAGCGUGCGGAGCGCUGGAAUCGCCGCCGCAAGAUCGCGGAGGUGAUGGACGACGAAGACUUGGAUGAUAGCACACGUAGAGCUCGCGAGGCCGAAGCCAAACGUGCCGAAAAGAUCGACGCUAUCCUAGGCAACUUCUCUAACCUGUCAGAGGACCAGCUAGCUGUAGAGAAGAAACUGUGUCUAAACCCCGUGUCGACAGAUGGUAGCCCACCGGAAGGCGAAGAAGGCACAGAAGACGCUCCAAUCUUUGUAUACAAGGACAUCGUUGACAAGCUCAAGGCUCACCAGAUUGCCGGUGCCAGGUUUCUAUGGGGCCAUGUUGCAGUGGAACCGCAAGGUUUCGGCUGCGUCUUGGCAGAUUUCAUGGGUCUAGGUAAGACUUUACAGGUUAUUACGACAGUUCAGGCAUUUCUAUCGAAGAAGACGCUAAAUGAGGCUGGGAAACUCGAGCAGAGACAUAAGCAUGUGCUUAUCUUAGCCCCGACGAUUUGUGUACGUAACUGGGAAGCUGAGGUGGUGAAAUGGCUGGGUAAGAAGGAGUCACGACGACUUGGAUUGUUCACAUUGGAGUCGAGUCGUGAGAAGAAAAUGUCCGAUCGUGUGCAAGUUGUGAAGCAGUGGCAAAAGCACGGUGGAUUAUUGAUUACAGGCUAUGAACUGUAUCGUCUUCUUGUGUUGCAAUCUAGUGGCGAGGAGAAGAUCGCUCCAGGUAACCAGAAGUACUCGCACCUGAUCAAGAAGGUAUACAAAUGCCUGUGCAACCCAGGUCCAGAUCUUAUCGUGCUGGACGAAGGCCAUCGAGUCCGUAAUCACAAGUCCAAACUGGUCAAGGCACUAGCUCACGUCAAGACUACACGACGCAUCAUUUUGACUGGCUAUCCACUACAGAAUCACUUGGAAGAGUACUGGACUAUGGUCAACUUUGCGAGACCCGACUAUCUGGGAUCUUUGGACGAGUUCAAGAACCGAUUCGUUGCUCCUAUCAAGAACGGACAGUGUAUCGAUAGCUCCGAGGCAGACUUGCGGCUGGCUCGACAGCGAGCAUUCGUGCUGACACGAGAGUUGAAGGCUCUAGUCUUGCGUCGAGAUCAACAGUAUCUGUUCAAGCAACUACCACCCAAGAAGGAAUACGUACUCAUGUGCAAGCUGACGGACGCGCAGGCCCAAUUGUAUCGGGAGUUUCUCAAAUAUGGCGUUCCUACUCGUGGCAGUUCUGACAAGUUGGACGUCCUUGGUGGAUAUCACAUCGCGCUGGCUAUCUCGAACCAUCCGGACGUCAUUAGUGAGACCUACAAGCGUCUGGAAGAAGAAGAACGCAAUGGAAACAGCAAAAAAUCAAGCCGACGAGGUGUAUCGGAUAUCUUCGGUGUGGAGGACGGCGGCAAUGACUUCGAUCCGUAUGAUGAUGUACCUGCGUCUAGACAAGUGCGUAGAUCCAGUCCAUCUCCACCAACUCGCGGCCCACCUACGAUUAAUGACGAUGACGACGACGAUGAUGAAAGCGAGGCGGCAUUGUUGAAUAUGCUUGAUGCUCCGAGUGCCCCUCCAACGCCGAAACCACCGAAGGCCUUGGAGCCAGGAUGGCAUCGCUUGAAGUUUGCCCAGAACUUCAUGGAAAAGUAUGUCCCACAUCAACUCGAAGCCAGUGGCAAGAUGAUGAUUCUCAUGGAGCUUCUCUCGGCGUGUCAGGAUGUCGGCGACCGCGUGAUUAUUUUCUCUCAGAGUAUCCCUACGCUGGACACGAUUGGAUUAAUGAUCUCCAAGCACAAUAAGUACCAGCGCCGCCACUCGAAGCGUCUCAACUACUUGCGUAUUGAUGGAAGUACGUCUCAACAGGACAGAUUCCGUCAGAUCGCGCAAUUCAACGACCUGGAAGAAGAUAUCGACCUUAUUAUGAUCUCAACGAAAGCAGGUGGAGAAGGAAUCAAUCUUUGUGCUGGCAACCGGAUCAUUAUCUUCGACGUAUGCUGGAACCCUUGCAACGACUCGCAGUCCAUGUGUCGAUCGUAUCGCUUUGGACAGACCAAGCCGGUGUUUGUGUACCGUUUCGUGACUAUGGGUACAAUGGAGAAAAAAGUUUACGACUUGCAGAUCCGUAAAGAAGGCGUUGCCAAGCGUAUUGUGGAUGAAAAGACAACCGAGCGAAAGUUCAUGACCUCGGAGCUCCAGAAGUAUUUUAGUAUCGACGACUUUGAAGACUCUCUGCUUCAUGCUCAAGGCAAGGCCGCAGAUGAUGAAGAACUGGCUAUCCAAGCGAUUCCUCAUGAAGACUCGGUCCUCGAAAGUAUCUUGACUGAUAUGAGGGAUCGAUCAACAACUGUCACUGCUUCUACUAGUGAAAAUGGAGAAAUUACCGCUGCUGGUAUGCUCGCGGACAGGAGAUGCAUCAUUGAUUGGUUCGAGCAAGAAACCAUGUUUGAAGAAGAUCUGGAUCAGCAGUGUUCACCCGCUGAGCAGAAGGAGAUUCUGGAGACUCACAUGUACUUUAAAGCGGUGCGGAGUUUACGCAGAGGAGGAACGCACCUCAUUAACCGCGAAGGUAUGUUGAUGAAGCACUGCGACAAUUGUCGAGCGCCGAACGAGAUCUACCCGUCCUCGACUACCAAAGUUCCAGUGCCCACGAGGAUUGAGUGCAUCUACUGCAGACAGCCCACGUCAACCACAGGAGCAGUCCCUCCGUCGCAGUUACCAGCUCCUUCAUUUAUGAACCGUAUGCCUGGUGUUGCGAUGCCUGCGCCAGGCUUGAUCCCAUCGACGACAAUCGUCCCAGGUCGACCACCUAUACCUGCCGCGGGAGCUGUCCCGACUCCAGCUCCGAAUGGCCGGAUCUUGCCUCCUCACUUACAAGCCAUUCGUGAUCAGCAGCUAAGAGACGGAAAGCUGACUGAAAAGGAACACCUCGACUUGCUAAACCGCCAUCAGGCCGAGCAACAGCGGUUAAGGGCAGAGCAGCAGCGGCUAAUCCUUUUACGCCAGCAAGUUCAAGCGCAAGCAAAGAAGCGGUUGCAGGAGCGCCUAAGUAUGAAGCUACGUGACCGACAUCUGCUAGUGCUGCGGCGAGGUAUGAAGGGCUGCCAAGAUCUUAAGCGGAAGGCCGAAGAGUGUGGUGCUACAAUAGCGAUCGAGGUGAACCCUCAACUAACGGAUAUUGUGAGUGCGAUGAGCAAGGUAGAAACGUUGAAGUGGCUGAAGCUGACCAAGUUGCCAGGAGAUGUGGAAGUGCACGACGAUAUCUGGCUGCGUAAUGAGAUUGCGAAGGAGAAAGGAUUGCCUUUAAUCCCGAUUACGUCAAGCUCUACACCAGCAACCGCAGAGGCCGCAUCUGCUACAGCGACUGCUGUUGAGUCCAAGACACCUGUUCCUACUACCCCAGUUCCUACGACAACGACGGCCGAUCAGAGUCCGCAGACGACAGUGGAUAGCAACAGCGACUUCAUUGAACUUUUGGACUCCGACGACGAGGAUUCUCCAAUGCCAGCCACUAACGAGCAACCAGCAAACACCGAGAGUCAAGCCGCUGUGUCUGACGAAGCGGACGUGAUCGAGAUUUUGUAGUCAGUAUGAUCAGCCCCAGCAACGAGGUGGAAAGCGUCGAAACCAAUCGCCCAGCGAGGACUGGGCGAAUAUAUAUAUUUGAUCCGCGACGGCAUCUUUUACUAUAGGCGCUGUACCGGUCCUGUGUCGUGUAGAGAAGAUCUUUACCGAGCUACUCGGUGGCGACCCCCGUCACCGUUGCGUACUGAAUAAGCCGCUGUGUCUUCGUAGAUCCAAGCUACAAUAUCUCACGGUUGGUCCAAGUCAUGACAAGAUGAAAUCGAUUGAACUUCGGAAUGACAUGGAGUUGCUCACAGGCGACACAGCAAUACCAUUACUCUCCUCUUGAUUGCAUCCCCCACCUUGUUCUUGGUUGAUGCCAUCAUCGACUGGGGGAAGCAUGCUGCCUUCACUGAUGGCAGCAUCGGCCAUCAGAGUCACAACUUGAAGAGGAUCGAAGUCCAGCAGCUUGCUCAUGGCUUCGAACACGUCCGAAAACGCAUCGUACUGUACCACACGCCCAUUACCAUCGAUGCUGAUAAGCGCCUUUGUCGGACACACGAAGCUGCGACCCAGCACUUGCUUGACUAAUGCGUCGUGGUGCAACGAGUUAGGAAAUACAGUCUGGAGUGCAGCGACUGUAACUUGCCCCUCAAACUCCCCAGUGCACUCAAUCAGGCAGCCCCCAGCGUCACUGUUAACAACUUUGGUCGAAAAGUUACGGAUAUGUCGCACGUUAAAUAACUGCUUGUAUCGUCGCCAUUGUUCGUAAAACUCCACUCGGCCUCUGACGUCUCCACCGACGCCAAUAUUCUCGUCCAAUAACCCGGUCAAAAAGCGCUCAUCGGAGGCUUUGAGAGCCCCAGGAUGGCCGUGUCGAAAUACUUUGAAGAAGCCAUCGACCGACAAUAGCGAGCGAGCGUGGAACUGUUCUCUGGCCACGAGCAGUCGCGUCUCGCGGAUGCUUUUCUGCACGAGGCAGUCAUGCACUUGCUGACGCAGAUCGUUCACGUCCAACGUGAGGUUCAGCAGCAGCGAAUUGUCGGUAUCGCGCUGGUUUUUGUCUCGAAUUUGCUUGAGCGACGGUCUCCACCGCUUUUUCCUCUUAGGAACGAGAGCUCGAGACUGUUGUUGCGUGGUACGUUUAGAGUUACUGUUGCGUACAAGUUGUUCUUGGUUAUCCUGGAGUUGAUUGUCGCUUGCAGGCGUGUCUAGUAAACGGGAGAUCUCCAUACCAGGUGAUGAUGGAGACUCAGUAUCUGGUUGCUCGCCAAAUGUGGAAUGAAUCAUCGAUGAAACAAGAUUGCAUCUGGACGGCAAAAUCUCUAAAAUAGAAAACACUGUAACUUUGUUUGAUCUGAUU